AUGGCUGAACCAUCGAAACGAGCUGAUAUCGCAUUAUUGUUGGCUAGUAUUUUGGAAUAUCCAAAAGAGGAAAUGGAAAAGGUGAGGAAAAUUAAUAUGAGCAAUGCUCAAGUUUUACCAAAAAAAAGUUGGUUUAAUAUGAGCAAUCAUCAAAGGAUUGCUCAUAUUAAACUAGAAUCUCGGGUUGAAUAAAUUAUAUGAGCAAUGACCUCUUUAAUACUUUUUUUUUUUAGUUUAAUACUUUUUUUGGAUCUCAAAAAUUCUACUGAAUUUCUCAAAUUUCCCUUCGAUUUUCAGCCCAAUCUAAUUUUUUUUUGCAGUUUCGCUCGGCUGUCAAACAAUCCUUUGGUCCCUCAUUUUUCGCCUCAAAUUCCCCCAAUCAAAAAUCGUCUUCCACCUUAACCGAACAAUUUAUUCGAUUCCUGGAAGUCGAAUCGGAAUCUUCGAAAACCGCCGGAAAUCUUCCGCUUCGUCAGAAAACCGAACCUCCGCUCAAAAUUUCGAUGGAUUCUUCAGCACCGUGAGUGAUUGUUUUUUUUGGUGGGAAAAUUUGAAUUUUGAAAUUUUGGCGCCAAAAAAUUAAUCUAGAAUUUUUGAAAAAUCCAGAUGUCUUCUUAAAAAUCUGACUGAAAUUCAAAAUUUCCUAAAAUCUCAGAACUCCAAAAAUUUGUCUGAAAUUUUCCAAAAUUUCCAGCCAAACCUCUUCAUCUUCUGCCAACCUCGAUUCAUUGCUACGGUAA